CAUGGAACAAGGGAAGAGAGGUGGCCGGAAAGCGACGUUGUGAGCCAGCACUUGCAGUCCUCCACCUCACCGGAACCGGAUCGAAUCUUGUGUACGUCGGGGAGGAGCGGGCUGCUUGUGUUGUCUUUCCCCCACCGAGCUGUUCCACGCGUCCCAGCGAGCGGAUCUGGAACAGGUGGGGGAUACUGAGUUUAAAAGCAGAAGUGCCUUACACAUAAGAUUAUCUGUCUCUCUACUUGGCUUCCCUAUGUUAUUCUUUCAUCAGCAGUGCUGUGCCAGUGGGAUUUCCCCUUCUGAAUAGUCUUAAGAAUGGAGACUACAUCAAAAAGAAGCUCACUUGCUCUGCUCCACAUUAGAAGAUCUUGAUCUGGAAGACACCAUUACGGAAUGUGGUGGUGAAUGUGAAGAGAUUAUCAUCGUUUUCUUCAGUUGUUCAGAAAUUGUACAUGGUGUAAAGAAACCUUGGGAAAGCAAGAGUUCAAAAUUGAACUUAUCAUCAUGGAAGAGCACCAGCAUCUACAUUGUGUCAACUGUGUUAGUCGGCGUUGUAUGACUAGGCCAGAGGCUGGCAUUUCCUGUGAUUUAAUUGGUUGCCCCAUGGUUUGUGGAGCAGUGUUUCAUUCAUGCAAAGUUGAAGAGCACCGCCUUUUAUGUCCACUUGAAAGAGUGCCUUGUCUGAACAGUGGUUCAGGCUGUCCAUUUACUGUAGCAAGAAACAAAAUUGCUGAACAUCUAGAAAUUUGCCCUGCAAGUGUGGUAUGCUGUACUAUGGAGUGGAAUAGAUGGCCAGUGAGUUAUGCAGAUCGCAAAUCUUAUGAAAAUCUGAGUAAAGAUGUUGAUGAAGUUGAACAGUUGGACAUGGCUCUUGCCCUUCAAGACCAGCGUAUGCUUCUGGAAUCCCUCAAAGUAGCAACUAUGACAUCAAAAACCGCUGAUGAGCUAUCAAAAUCAAAAGAACAGACUUCUAUUGUGAGUGCCCCAGAUGUCACUCUUCCAAAUGGCUUAAUGCCGGUAGAUGAAGAGUCAUAUGGUGCACUUUAUCAAGCUACUGUGGAAACAACCAAAAGUUUAGCUACAGCCCUAGAUAUCUUGAACACAGCUACUAGAGACAUAAGCAUGUUAAGUUCAAAACUUGGCAUUUCACCAUGUGAAACUAGUGAAGAUUGUCAGAUUAAAGAACAAAACUGUGAUAGAAGUGUGCAGCAUAAAAUUACAGAGCAUGACUGUCUAGAAGAUAAUAUGGGAGCAGCUGGUGGCAUUCACUUGGAUGUCUUCAAUCAAAAUGUGCAGGUGGAACAAAAUGGUUCGAGUGACUUUUAUGAUUCCAUGCAACAAUACAAUUUUGGCAUGAGCCUUGAUGAUUCUCUCUGUAAUGGCUUUCAUAUAGACAAUUCAUGUACAGAUAUGCUGCAACAAAAUGACAAACUAGGAAUGUCUAAUUCAGAGCAAUCUAAUGUAGCAAAUGGCAUAUGUAAUUCUUGUGAUGAGGCAUCAAGUUCAUGUGCCCCCAAUUCUGUAGCAACACAACUUAAGGAAGAAGUACAUCUGCAUAGUUUGCCUAAUGGCAGUGUUAAUCAUGUAUAUUUACCAUAUGGCUGUAGUGAGGAAGAAAUGUUACACAGACAAAUAGAGCAAGACAGGCUCAGAAACAUAGAUGUACUUUCUUUACUUCCUCAUCGUACUUACAGUUUUCUCACAAAUCAUUAUUUCUCCGCACCAAAGGAAAACAAAGCAGUAGAUACAUCAGAUUUGGAAAUAACUGAAGAUCCUAUGGGUCUUCAGGGUAUAGACUUGAUUACAGCAGCUUUGUUGUUUUGUCUGGGAGAUUCUCCUGGUGGUAGGGGAAUAUCUGAUAGCCGUGUUGUUGAUGGAUAUCGUGUUGAUUUUGGGACACAGACGUUUUCUCUCCCAUCUGCAAUCCUGGCCACAAAUACAAUGGUAGGGGAAAUUGCUUCGGCCUCUGCAUGUGAUCACGCUAAUCCACAGCUCUCAAAUCCAAGCCCUUUCCAGACACUUGGGCUAGACUUGGUACUAGAAUGUGUAGCUAGAUACCAAACAAAGCGCUCAAUGUUUACAUUUGUUUGUGGACAAUUGUUUAGGCGCAAUGAAUUUUCUUCACACUUCAAGAAUGUGCAUGGUGAUAUUCAUGCUGGCCUCAAUGGUUGGAUGGAACAGAGAUGUCCUCUGGCUUACUAUGGAUGUACAUAUUCUCAACGCAGAUUUUGUCCUUCUACACAGGGGGCAAAAAUUAUUCAUGACCGACACCUAAGGUCAUUUGGGGUUCAGCCUUGCAUAUCUACUGUGCUGACAGAGCCUGAUAAGAGAUGCUGUUUAGGACUGCAUAGUGACCAUCUGAGUAGUCUUCCUUUUGAGGUUCUACAACACAUUGCUGGGUUUCUCGAUGGAUUUAGUUUAUGUCAGCUCUCACGUGUGUCACGAUUAAUGAGGGAUGUAUGUGGAAGCUUACUACAGGCACGUGGAAUGGUCAUACUGCUUUGGGAAAAAAGAAAAUAUCCUGAUGGAAGCUCUUCAUGGCAAAUAAAGGAAAAGGUAUGGCGCUUCAGCACAGCUUUUUGUACUGUAAAUGAAUGGAAAUUUGCUGACAUCAUAAGCAUGGCUGACCACUUGAAGAAAUGUAGUUAUAAUGCUGUAGAAAGACGGGAAGAGGCUGUGCCACUGCCAUGUAUGUGUGUCACACGAGAACUUACAAAAGAAGGACGUUCAUUGCGCUCUGUCUUGAAACCUGUACUUUAAAUAUGAAGUCACUCUAAUUGCACAUACUCAAGCACCUGAUGUAACCUCUGUAACAUUAUGACACUUUAUUAAUUUACUAAAGAUUUCUAGAUAAAUCUACUCUAGAUAAAUCUACUCUCAUUAUGUACAUAAUGUUUUGAAGUGGCAUUUAUUUUUUAUAAUACUGUCUGGUUAGAGUUAAUGAAAAUUGCCUUAAUGUUUGAAAAUAUGGAACUUGCUGGACAGGGUAGUUUUAUAUAACUUAUAUAAUUUACAAAUUUUUUUCUCUAGGGAUUUUUCUGACUUAAUGGUGCCCAUUUCCUUUUUAUUGACUUCGGACUUUUAGAUAUAUGCACAUUUAUCAGACAGGAACUUGAGAUGUGUAAUGACAGGAAUCUGACCAAACAACUUGUGUGUUUGGUCAUUUUGCAGAUUAAGAAAUCUGCAGAUACAAGAAAUUUAAAAAGUUAAAUGCUGAACAUAAUUUACUUGUGCAUAUCUUAAAAACAGUUCUUUUUAUUCUUUAAAUAAUGCUGCAGCCUCUCAAAAUACCCUGGCUCAGUUUAAAUUACUAUCUAGUUGAGAUGAUAUAGGACAUGUGUUUUUAGUGCUGACCACAAAUGAUUAGGGGAGAUAAUCCUCAAUUCUUUGAGUCAAUGAUUUGACUUCCCCCAAUGGAACUGAAUUGCAACAGAGAUGUUUCUAAAUAACAUGUUCUUGAUUAUCCAUAUAGGUUACUACUAUGAACAGCCUUAUGAAGAAAAAUUGGUUUGUCAUAUACUUAAACCUACACUGGCAAUUGAGUAAACUUUCUCCUUUGUAUUAAUGAAUGAGGUGAAUGUGAACAAAAUUCCCUUAGCUUCCUGUAAACCAGAUAUACAGGAUGUGUAAUUUUAAUUUAGUAAAACUAAUGAAGGGCUUAUUUAUGGUGACGAGAGAGCAUCUUAUUAACAUGCCUACAGAUGUAAUCCUGGCUUCAAGGCUAUUUUAAAUUCUAUAGGAUUCUGAUUCUGAGCACACUUAAGUUAGUUCCAGUGAAACUUAUUUCCAAAUAAAUGUGUUUAGAAGAGAGGUGCUGGUAUGCCAUCUUUAUAAGAUGAGAAACCAUUUGUUGCAUAAAGCAUAUCUUAAAUGCAUGUUCGUCCAUUUCAGAACUUCACAUUUUUCCAUAGUCUUCCAUUGAGGACAUUGUGUUUAAUGUUUACUGUAAUUUAUGCCUUUAACUAUACUAGUGUAACUUGGAAGCUUUCAGACUUGAUAUUACUGUUGGGGGGAUUGUACUUGGUAACUGUGCCACAGGUUAUAAGCAGACCAAGUUUGCAAUCUAAAAGUAGUGUAUAUAGUUUUUAAGGAGGAAAAGUAUUGAAAAGGUUAUUACAGAAAUGGCUACAUGUUUGUAACAAAGUCAUUUUAGUAUACUUGAUCAAAAGUUCACAUCUAUAGCAUACAUGAUUCCAAUCUGGGAAAUAGUACCUUAUUCAUAACUUUUGACUGACCCCUUUUAGGAAAAAAUUAAACCUCAUUCUCUAGUGCCAUAUAUUGAGAUUACUGGAGUUUUCAAUAUUUGCUUUAUCUAUUUUCUGAAAUGCCUGGAUGUUGGGAUCAGUUUACUAUUCUCACAAAGCUGCCUUUCUCAUUUGAAGGGCCUAGAGAAGAGAAUUUUUCUUUAGCCCUGCAGGAUCUGGUCUUCUGUUGAUAGUUGAGCAUCAUUUGUAAUUGCCAUUGUUGGGAGAAGAAAGAAGCAUUGAUAACACACUGAAUCUUCUUUUGUUGGUGUGACCAACCAAGGUUUAGGUAGUGUUUUUCUUCAGCAAUACAUCCAUGAUGUUUGUUGCCUCUAUGUCUUCUAAAAAGAUUUAUCAGUCAAAAAUAACCAAAACUAUUCACUCCGUAGGUUUUAAAAGCUGUUUUCCAACCUGUUCAUCUAUUAAAUACCUUACUUGUGUGUAUUUUGGUAUUUUUUGUGUUGCUAGAGCAUGGUAAAAAAAUGUCUUGGCCCUUUGACCGAGUACUAAGCACUGCUGAGGCUCAGAAUGGAAGGUUCUCUAAGCAGUUAAACUUGUGAUUAAUUACUAUCUCAGUUCAGCUUUGUCGCAAUACGUAUUCUGAAUACUUCAUUCAUUACAUGCACUUUUAUUUUUGAAUUUAGAUACUGUGUUAAAUCUUUAAAAUCCAGAGCUAUUAAAAAUCAAUGCUGUUCAAAAUAAUCUUUUAAAAAUACUUUUAUGUGCAGGAAUUCAAUAAAAAUCUAGGAUACCAGUAUUUUAUACUGCUAUGCAGUUUUUACAAAAAAACCAAAAAGUGGUACAUAGUUUGUCAUUACUUUUUUUGUUCCCUUGUACUUACAUUUAAGUGUAUACCAAGUCUCUUCUAGCGCUUGGUUUCCUGUUGCAUUGCCUUUACUUACCAGUUGUUUCUCUUACCGAUACGACAUUACUCACUUUAUAAAAAAAAGUUUUCAGUUAAUAUCAUUUUUCAGUGUGUAAUAUCCUAAUUAAAUACACUUGCCAUUUCCCUCUUA